AUGGCAAGCGAAUCUUCUGCAACCGGAGUCGAGCCUCGAGAGUAUUCACAUGAUUUCGAUGCAAUUACACCUCAAUCCACAGCUUGGGUCAAGUGGGACGUUAAGGGUGGCGGAGACCGCACUCAUGAACCAAACAUCAACACCAACUACCAUCUCGAAGGUAGUCCCAAUAUUCAAGGUAUCGAAAUUAAAGCUACUGUCGGAGUCAAAUUGAUCUGUUGGUCUGGUGCUCCUGGAAAUGGCGCUCCGAAUAUUACAUUUGAUGGACCUACCAAUGGUAAACACAAGAUUGAUCCCAGAAGACUUGGGGGCUACCGCGUCGAAGUUAGUUGA